AUGAAGGACCUCAGCGACAUGGAGAAGAACCUCAGCGACAUGGAGAAGAACCUCAGCGACAUGGAGAAGAACCUCAGCGACAUGGAGAAGAACCUCAGCGACAUGGAGAAGAACCUCAGCUACAUGGAGAAGAACCUCAGCGACAUGGAGAAGAACUUCAGCGACAUGGAGAAGAACCUCAGCUACAUGGGGAAGAACCUCAGCUACAUGGAGAAGAACCUCAGCGACGUGGAGAAGAACCUCAGCGACAUGGAGAAGAACCUCGGCGACAUGGAGAUGAACCUCGGCUACAUGAACCUCAGCUACAUGCUGAAGCUGAAGUACCAUUGCAAGCGCAGCCUGCGCAUCGUGAUGGACAACAUGUUCGAUUGCUCACCCGAGAGCAAGCGCAGCGAGAAGGAUAUGAACCAUGCAGGCAGUGUACCCCGUGAUGAGUGGUUCCAGAUGGGGUGA